CCAGCCGUGUGUACCCUGUGUGUACCCCACUUGCCUAUGCAUAUUUUACGGAAAGUAGGCUAUACGGUAGCUACAGCAAACGUAAAACUUCCCAUCCGAAUGUGAUAACAGGUGGAGGGGAGUUGUAGGCUACGACCAGCACAAUUGGCUAGUGUAGAACCGUUUUAAAAGUUAGCAGCGACAAUAAUUUUUUUGUCUUCUUUUGAAGUUCAGACAUGGCUGCCGUCGUCGCUGCAAAGUGGUUGGUAGAAGCAAUCAAUGCUAAUAAAAUCGGACCCAGCCUUCGGGUACUGGAUACCUCUUGGUAUUUGCCGAAAUUUAAUCGCAACGCCAUAAAUGAAUUUAAAGACCGUCACAUCCCAGGCGCGUCAUUUUUUGACAUAGAUCAGUGUUGUGAUAAAACGUCUUCUCUUGAUCACAUGCUCCCAACUGAACGCGAGUUUGCGGAUUAUGUGGGUAAUUUGGGAAUUGGGAACCACACACACGUUGUCGUUUACGACGCCAGUGAUUUCGGGUCAUUCUCUGCACCCCGCGUGUGGUGGAUGUUUAGGGUUUUUGGGCACAAUUUGGUAUCUGUGCUUGAUGGCGGACUUAAGAAUUGGGUACAGGAAGGUCACCCCGUCACUGCAGAAUAUUCUAAACCUGAUCCCACCGAAUUCCAAGCCUUCCUCAAUCGAUCCUGGGUGAAGUCAUACGAGGAUGUCUUGGAAAAUCUUGGCAGCAAGCAGUUUCAACUGGUGGACGCCAGAUCUUCCGGCCGGUUCCGAGGAAUCGAACCAGAACCACGAGAGAGCAUAGAACCUGGGCACAUCCCCGGGUCCAUCAACAUGCCCUUCUAUUCCUUCCUGGCCCCUUCUGGAGUGGAGCUGCCCACCAAGGACCUGGUGGCCAUGUUUGAGGAAGCUGGGGUUGACCUGAAGCGCCCGCUGUGCGUGUCUUGUGGUUCAGGGGUGACAGCCUGCCACGUGGCACUGGCAGCCCACCUGUGCGGCCACCCGGGGGUGUCGGUGUACGAUGGAUCCUGGUCGGACUGGUACACCCGGGCUGUGCCCCAGCAUGUGAUUUCUGAGGGCAAAGGCAAGCGUGCCUGAUCUGGGUGUGGGCUUGAAUACGGAGUGCUUGGUUCAGAGCUUUUCAACAUUGGUCCAGGGGGGUCCACAGGGUGUGCUGGUUUUUGUUUUCACCUUGAAACCAACACCCGAUUAAGACCUGAGAAACCAGAUGAAGUGAAUUAAUAACUGUGUAAUCGCUUGCUGUAAUUGACCAAUUAUUUGUUUAAAUGACCAAUUAAGUGCUGAGUAACAAUAAAAUCCAGCAGACCCCUUGCUCUCCAGGAUCACCGCUGCAAAUUUCUACCUAAAUUUUCAGCAAAGAACCCAUAAUCAGUGGUUGGAAAAACGUAGAAUCGUAUGAGUGAUCAAGAUGAAACAACCAAAGGACUACAUAUGAUUGAUAUACUGGAAUGAUCUAUAUUUUUACUGGAAAAAAAGCCUUUUGACUGAAUUUGUAAUGUGUGUUUGAAUUUGGAACGUAGAAUGUCAGGUUGGGAAAACGUAGGAGAGUGAAAAUAUCUGAUAUAUAUUAACAGUGCAUUUACAAUUCCGAAGGAACAUUAUUGGUUUUGGGGGUAUUUAAGAUUAAAUUUACUGCAGUUUUAAGGAGUACAACAUGAUAUUUAUUAUUUUAUCAUAAUAGCAAAUGAAAAAAAAAAGUAUCAGUUUAUAUGUUUCAUGUUAUUAGAAGCAAUAUGCUUAGCCCCAGCAACUGUUCAUUUAAAAUAAUCUGUACAUUUACAUGGUUUGGAACCAUAACUAUAAAACAUUUAUUCACCAGUAAAACAAGCUAAUCAAAACUUUAAUGCUGCCUGAAAUUGAUUAGAUUAUGCUUAUCAAAUAAAACAUUCUUGCAAAACUGA